UGCGCCUGCGUAGUGGCUAGGCAGCGACUCCCGAGGGGCGUGCUCGUAACGCCGCGCACCCUAUCAGGCGGCCAAAGGGAGCGCGCCGCGGCCUCACCCCCUCUCGCCCCUCCCUUCUCCCCUCUGGGUUUAGCUUCAGACUGAGGCUUGGAGGCCGGAGGGGGCGCUCCACUCUCCACCCAGGCGCGCCCCACGCCCUCUUGUGCGCGUGCGCAGAGGCGGACCGCAAGGCGAGGGCGCGAGGGAAGGGCGGGCGUACGUCCUUGCGUGCGUCUCAGGCAGCGCGCACGCUGGCGUGAGAGGGCACGGGGGAAAGGUGGCUCUGGCCGGGGUGGCUCGGCUUCCUGGGGCUAUGUAGCUGAGCCCGUCGACUUGGGGGUUCUUCUUCGCUGUCCUCGCGGCGUGCUAGCGCAGAGUUUCUGCUCCGGGGAGAGACUGUACACACGCCCGCCGCACCUCCUCGACGGCAGAGCAAGCUUGCUCGCCCGUGGGAGCGUCCCGGCCGAGAAACCCUGAGGGGGGAGGGGAGGCCAUUUUGUCCCGACCGACUCCCCGGAACCGGGCGGAGCGGCUGGGAGAGGCUGCGGAGCUGCGGUCGCCGCCCUCGGAGGCACUGGACGGAGGCACUGUCUGGGCUUCCUCGAAGCUGUUCGUAGGUCGCCCGCACCCUCUCGAGCUUUCCUUUUUCCCACGCUUCCCCGUCCUCCGGCCUGAGAACGCCCGAGUGAGGAGUUGGCUGUAGUGAGAGGGACCGAUCCCUUGGGGCCGCCGGCGGCGAGAGCCCGAGCCGCUCCUCCCAAUGGCGAAGAAGACGUACGACCUGCUUUUCAAGCUGCUCCUGAUCGGGGACUCGGGAGUGGGGAAGACCUGCGUCCUUUUUCGUUUUUCGGAUGAUGCCUUCAAUACCACCUUUAUUUCCACCAUAGGGUGUUAUUGUGUUUUGCCCAGGCUGGAGUGCAGUGGCACGAUCACAGCUCACUGGAGCCUCAACCUCCUGGACGCAGGUGAUCCUCCCAUCACAGCCUCCCAAGUAGCUGGCAAUACAGGAAUAGACUUCAAGAUUAAAACAGUUGAAUUACAAGGAAAGAAGAUCAAGCUACAGAUAUGGGAUACAGCAGGCCAGGAGCGAUUUCACACCAUCACAACCUCCUACUACAGAGGAGCAAUGGGUAUCAUGCUAGUAUAUGACAUCACCAAUGGUAAAAGUUUUGAAAACAUCAGCAAAUGGCUUAGAAACAUAGAUGAGCAUGCCAAUGAAGAUGUGGAAAGAAUGUUACUAGGAAACAAAUGUGACAUGGAUGACAAAAGAGUUGUACCUAAAGGAAAAGGAGAACAGAUUGCAAGGGAGCAUGGUAUUAGGUUUUUUGAGACUAGCGCAAAAGCAAACAUAAACAUUGAAAAGGCGUUCCUCACGUUAGCUGAAGAUAUCCUUCGAAAGACCCCUGUAAAAGAGCCCAACAGUGAAAAUGUAGAUAUCAGCAGUGGAGGAGGCGUGACAGGCUGGAAGAGCAAAUGUUGCUGAGCAUUCUCCUGUCCAUCAGUUGCCAUCCACCACCCCGUUUUCUCUUCUUGCUGCAAAAUAAACCACUCUGUCCAUUUUUAACUCUAAAGAGAUAUUUUUGUUUCUCAUCUUAACUAUCCAAGCCACCUAUUUUAUUUGUACUUUCAUCUGUGACUGCUUGCUGACUUUAUCAUAAUUUUCUUCAAACAAAAAAAAUGUAUAGAAAAAUCAUGUCUGUGACUUCAUUUUUAAAUGUACUUGCUCAGCUCACCACUGCAUUUCAGUUGUAUUAUAGUCCAGUUCUUAUCAACAUUAAAACCUAUAGCAAUCAUUUCAACUCUAUUCUGCAAAUUGUAUAAGAAUAAAGGUAGAAUUAACAAUUUUAUUUUGUACAACAGUGGAAUUUUCUGUCAUGGAUAAUGUGCUUGAGUCCCUAUAAUCUAUAAACAUGUGAUAGCAAAAGAAACAAACAAAAGUCAGGAAAACACUCAUUUUCGCCUUGACUAUAUAAAUGGGAUUAAUUUUGUCCUGUGCCUUAUGUGGAAAGGAACUUCUUUGGUUUUCCUUUUUUGUUCUGGUGGAAGCAUGUGCAGGAGACAUAUCAUCCAAACAUAAACCAUUAAAAUGUUUGUGGUUUGCCUGGCUGUAAUUUUCAAAGUAGUUAAUUGAGAACAAAGGGUAAUGCAGAAAUGAUAGCUUUGGUUUGCUGAGUCUUGUUUUAAGUGGCCUUGAUAUUUAAAACUACUCCUGCCACCAUUUCUUCUCCUUGGCCACUUUUUCCUUACGUCUCCCUCCUGCAUGCUGCUUUAUUUGCUUCUCCCUCCCCCACGACCUCAUGGUAUGAGUUAUUUAAGAGUGAAAGGGACAAACUAGUAGGUUCAUCAAGUUUAAUAUAAAGCACUGAUGUAACUUGGUAGGUAAACCAGAAGAUAAGUUCUAACUGCCUACUCUCCUAUGUCAGUUAAUUGGUGUCUUCCCCCUCAUUUGCUCUCUGCCCUAAAACCUGCCCCAGAUUCCUUCAUUCGCUGUUUUACUUCUAUAUUCUAUUUUUCCUCCUCUCUUUCUUCCCUUCAUGUGUAUCCAUUGAGUUUAUGAAAUGGAAGAGUUAACUGCAUGCACUAGUGUUUGGAGGGUGUUUGUGGUUUGUCUUUCUAAUUAGGUGUAUAGCCUAUUCACUUUCCUAGAAUGAACCUCUUAACCUAAAUUUGAGUAGUCUCCAUUUUGGCAACUCCUCUAGCAGUUUGGUAGCCCAGUACAGGUUGUUUUUUAAAAAAAGAAAAAGGAGGAGUGAAUUUUAUUAACAUGUUUGCCAAAUGUAUUGAGAUUUGGCCUCAAGAACACUUUUUCAGUGUUAAGUUGUCUUUACCUUAAGAUUUAGAAAUACUUUAGAGUAUUACUAAUUCUAAGUCCUAUCUUCACAUCCUUUUGGGAAACUUGUAUUACCAUGGAUUUGGAAAAAGGACAACAAAAGGCUUUUCAUGUAAAGAUAAGAUCUCUAGCUAUCUCUAACCCUGUCCUUUUUUCACUGCAUUUUUUCUAGUUUUGCUUCAUUGCUUAUCAUUAGGAUAGGGUAAUUAAGUUUGCUAUGCUGCUAGCGUCCUAAGAUGAUACCUUUGUUGAAAGAAUUGUGAAUAGCAUGAUUCAUUUCUAGCAGAGGCUGAGUUUAGGACAGCAGCUUCCACUGAGAAGUCUUUCUGUGUCGUGAAUAGCAUUUUAAUGACCUCUUGGCUCACAUAAGCAAACAACAUAGGGAUGUAUCUGCUAUGAAAAUCCACAAAUUUUUCAGAUAGUGCCCUAAAAACAGUUUUAUAUGCCUCACUGGUUGUUAUUCUUAGGUUGUUCCCACACUUGACUUUAUCAUUGUUUACUACUAGUAAAAAGCAGCAUUGCCAAAUAAUCCCUAAUUUUCCACUAAAAAAAAUGAUGUUAAGCUUUUUGAAAAUUUAGGUUAAACCUACUGUUGUUAGAUUAAUGUAUUUGUUGCUUACCUUUAUCUGGAAUGUGGCUUUAGCUUUUUUAUUUUAACCCUCUUUAAUUCUUAUUCAAUUCCAUGACUUAAGGUUUGAGAGCUGAACACUGGGAUUUUUGGAUAACAGACUGACUGUUUUGUUUGCAUAACUAUAAUCGGCAUUGUACAUAGAAAGGGUAUGGCUACCUUUUGUUAAAUCUGCACUUUCUAAAUAUCAAAAAAGGGAAAUGAAGUAUAAAUCAAUUUUUGUAUAAUCUGUUUGAAACAUGAGUUUUAUUUGCUUAAUAUUAGGGCUUUGCCCCUUUUCUGUAAGUCUCUUGGGAUCCUGUGUAGAAGCUGUUCUCAUUAAACACCAAACAGUUAAGUCCAUUCUCUGGUACUAGCUACAAAUUCGGUUUCAUAUUCUACUUAACAAUUUAAAUAAACUGAAAUCUUUCUAGAUGGUCUACUUCUGUUCAUAUAAAAACAAAACUUGAUUUCCAA